ACCUAGUUGCCAACAUAUAACUAUCGACAUUAUUUCCUGUGAUACAUUCAACAGAAACGAAGCGCCAAAUUGUGUCCCACGAUGAUUUGAUCAGCUGGCUCACCUGCUUGCAUGCACCACCCUACCAACAACCACUUCGUCUCGAGAUGCGGAACCUGCGCAAUAUCGGCCACGGCGUCUUCCGGGUGCCGGACUCGGUGCCGGGCUCGGCGUCCGCCAUCACGGCCGCAUGCUGGGAUGCCGCUCGGGACGAGCUGAUCGUUGCCUGCGGCCCAGCCGUCGGAGACCCCCGCAUUGAGCUUCUCCGGCUGGCUAAGCACGCCCAUGUUCCUUCUCCGUCACACUUGCAGUCGAGGAGCAUCGCAACAUGGGAUGUGUUUCCUCCCAAGGAAGAUGGCCCUCCUGACGUCAUUAGGGGCAUUCACUACUGUAGCGACACGCUGACCACCUUCGUCUUCCUGGCCGGCGGCGACAUUGUCACCGUGACCGAAGACGAAGAAGGCGUCGCGGAGCCGCAUAUCGAGAUCCUAGGCACCCUCUUCCCAUCCAUCGCUGCGGCCCGCUUGUCUCCGGACGAGGAGCUCCUUGUCCUUGCUACCGGCGACGCCAGGCUGCUGUUCAUGACCCGGACCGGCGACGUCACCGCCGAGGUUACCCUCUCUGCGGAGGACCUGAAGCUCUCCAAGCACGUCUCGGUGGGGUGGGGCAAGAAGGAGACCCAGUUCCAGGGCCGCGGCGCCAAGGCGAAGGCCCUGCGAGACCCCACCAUUCCGGAGAAGGUCGACGAGGGCACGCUCAGCCCCAACGAUGACGGCCGCUGCAGCAUCAGCUGGCGGGGGGACGGCGCCUACGUCGCCGUCAACUUCCUCCAGGAAGGCGUCCGGCGCGUGAUCCGCGUCUACAACCGUGACGGUGAGCUGGAUAGCGUUAGUGAGCCCGUGGACGGCCUUGAAGGCAGUCUCAGCUGGCGGCCCGAGGGCAACCUGAUCGCUGGCAUCCAGCGCCUCCCCGACCGUGUGGACGUCGCCUUCUUUGAGAGGAACGGCCUGCGACAUGGCCAGUUUACCCUCCGUGCCCCUCCUGACGCUCCUGACGCCUUGGACGAGGUGGCCCUGGAAUGGAAUUCCGACUCCACUGUCCUGGCUGUCGUUCUGAAGGACCGGGUUCAGCUUUGGACAAUGGGCAACUACCACUGGUACUUGAAGCAAGAAAUCCUCUGCGGGAAGUCUCAGCAGCGAGGGCAGAGGCCGCUCUUUUCGUGGCAUGCCGAGAAACCGCUGCUCUCCGCCGCAGCGACGGCAGCCAAGGUGCUUGUGAACGAGUACGCUCUUACUGUCGCCAGGGGCCCUACACAGCCUCCGCAUGAUCACGGUGCCGUGGCAGUUAUCGACGGGCGGACCAUUAAAUUCACCCCUUUCCGGACCGCCAACGUCCCGCCUCCCAUGGCUAUGUGCGAGCUCGAAGUCGAGUCCGCCGCCAUCGACGUGGCGUUUGCCCCUGAUUCCUCGUCCAUGGCCGUUCUGCAUCGGGCCGGCGUCAGUUUCUUUGCCUUAGAGGCCAAGGGCCCUCGCCUCGCCGCCCCAAAAUUUCUGUCCAUGGUGCCUUUCCACGGAGAGGUGUCUCAAGGAUAUGAGGAGUCGGUACUACAGAUUGGUUUCUCCUCGCCCAGCGAGGUUCACGUUCUGCAUAUGGCGGACGACCUUGACCUGCUGCGAUACGACUUUGGUUCCGCCGAGGAGCCAAAGUCUUGGCUGCAAACGGAUGCAGGCUCAGUUGCAGCAGUAGCAUCACCCGGCUCAGCGUCGGUCGAGGGAGUGGUGGCCCAGCAUUUGACCGGUAGGCUCAGCUGCAUCUCUGGCAAAGAGCACUCGCCGCUGCCCGUUCAAUUUCCGGUCUUCCUGCCGUGGACCAGUUGUCUCGUGCAUGCCGAUGACUUCAUCGCAUUUGGCUUGUCGAGGAACGGGCACUUGUAUGCAAACACGCGGCUGCUGGCGAAGAACUGCACAUCCUUCCUCGUUACAGACAAACAUCUGAUUUUCACGACGAGCAAUCAUUUUGUCAAAUUUGUCCACUUGGCGCCUGAGCAUGGCCUGGACGUACCGCCAGACGACCCCGAAAAGGACGAACGGUGCCGGAAUAUCGAGCGGGGCGGCCGCCUCGUCACUGCCAUCCCUACCAAGAUGAGCCUAGUCCUGCAGAUGCCGCGAGGUAAUCUCGAGACCAUCUAUCCCCGUGCCAUGGUCCUGGCCGGCAUCAGGAAGCUGGUCGAGCAGAAGGACUACGGCUCUGCGUUUGCAACUUGCCGCACGCAGCGCGUCGACAUGAACAUUCUGUUCGACCACCGCCCUGAGCAGUUUCUAGAAAACGUCGGCCUAUUCCUUGACCAGGUGAAAGACCCGGCCAACAUUGAUCUGUUCCUGUCGACGCUGAAGGAGGAGGACGUCACGCAAACCAUGUACAGGGACACGAAAUCCGCUUCCCCUCAACAGCCCACUGAUGUGGCAACCGUGGCGAAGCCGGGGAAGAUCAACACUAUCUGCGACGCGGUCUUGCAAAAGCUCCGGACUCAGAAGAAAGCUAACGUCCAGAACAUCAUCACCGCCCAUGUUUGCAAAAACCCACCUGCGCUGGAUGACGGUUUGCUUGUCGUUGCCGAACUCAUGAAGGAAGACGAAGCGCUGGCCGAGCGCGCGGUUGAGCACAUCUGCUUCCUGGCCGAUGUCAACAGGCUGUUUGACCAUGCCCUCGGCCUCUACAACCUUGAUCUUACCUUGCUAGUGGCUCAACAGUCUCAGCGGGACCCGCGUGAGUACCUGCCAUUCGUGCAGGAGCUCCACCGGAUGUCGCCUUUGAAGCGACAAUUUACGAUCGACGACAAACUUGAGCACUGGGAGAAGGCGCUGGACCACUUGAAGGCGCUGAACAACUUCGACGAUGUAAAGAACUACGUCGUCAAGCACAAGCUUUACCAGCACGCCCUCGCCAUCUACCGCCACGAGGAGCAGCACCACCGCGCGAUCACCGAGCUCUUCGCCGCCCACCUCAAGUCCACCUCCAACUUCAAGGAGGCCGGCCUGGCCUACGAGUCCCUCGGCAACUUCGCCGACGCGACCGACUGCUACCUCAAAGCCGGCGCCUCGUGCUGGCGCGAAUGCCUCUACGCUGCCCAGCAACAGCAGCCCCCGCUUCCGGCCUCCAAACUUUCCGAAGUCGCCACCUCCCUCGCCGACGCCCUCCGCGAAGCGAAGGAUUACGCGGCGGCAGCAACAAUCCACCUUGACUACCUCUCCUCGCUCGACACCGCCAUCGCGCACCUCUGCAAGGGCUACCUCUUCGCCGACGCCCUGCGCCUGGUGGCGCUCCACAACCGGCCCGACCUGCUCGCCACCGCCAUCGACACAGGCCUCGCCGACGCACUCUCCUCCUCCACCGAGUUCCUCGCCGACUGCAAAGCCCAGCUGGCCGCCCAGGUCCCGCGCAUUCUCGAGCUGCGCCGCAAGGCCCGCGAAGACCCGCUCGCCUUCUACGAGGGCGAGCACCACGCCCGCACCGCCGGCGCCGACGGCGGCGACGCCGCCAUUCCCGACGACGUCUCCGUCGCCACCUCGCGCGCGAGCAUCUCCGCCAGCCUCUUCACGCGCUACACGGGCGGCGGCAGAUCCUCCUCCUCCUCCUCCGCCGGCGGCGGCAGCGCCGUCUCGCGCGCCACGAGCCGCAACCGCCGGCGCGAGGAGAAGAAGCGCGCGCGCGGCCGCAAGGGCACCGUCUACGAGGAGGAGUACCUCGUCAACUCGGUGCGGCGGCUGGUCGAGCGCGUCGGCGGCGCCGCCCGCGCCGAGGUCGACCGCCUCGUCUGGGCCCUUGUCCGCCGCGGCAUGCACGAGCGCGCCCGCGCCCUCGAGGCCCUGAUGGACCAGGUCGUCGAGGCGUGCAGGCUUGCUGUCGGCGUGGUCUGGCCCCAGAAGGAGGAGGGGCAGGAGGAGGGGGAGGGGGAGGCGAAGGCGGAGGGCCGGCGCGGGGUGGAGCGCGCUGCGGUUGUUGGUGGUGAGGGAGACGGCGGCGGUCCUGCGGAUGCUGCGGGGGGUUAUGGGUAUGGGUAUGGGUAUGGGUACAGGCCUGGUGGGGCGGAGGGGGUGCUCUAUGAUAGCUUGGCGGCGAUGAGGACUCGGCAGGCGCCGCCUGUUGUGGCUGAGUUUGCGAGGCUGUCGUUGCUGGGGAAGGGGAAGUUGGAGUGA